CCGAGGGAGGAGUGAGGCAACAUGACAGCCGCUCCUGGCCGAGACUUUCCGUCGGGACUGGGCGUAAAGAAAGCGAAGCCCAGACCCGCCGCCCAGGAGGGAGGAGGAGGAGGGGACUCGGCGGAGAUGCAGUUGAACUUGGGCGCAAGUUUCGGGAGAAGUUCUGAGACUUGUUUUGGGCGAAAGGUUUCGCGCUGACAGCCCCGCAAAACUUGGCGGGAAUGCCGCUUCUCCCUCUCCUUUCCUUCGCUCCCUCGACAACGCAGUCUCUGCUCCGGAAUGCUUCCUCGAGCCGCCGCUACGAAUCCCGUCUCUGAGGCGUUUCCCGCGGGCGAUUUUAACUAAUUCGGCCGCUCUUCCGCUCUGCUUGAGCGAAAGGAAACCCAGCUGGCUGAGACGGGCGGCCUGACGAGAUUCUCCCCAUUGGCGAGAGGGGAUGCCGGCCCCCUAGGAGCCUCUCAUCCAGGCUUACGGGCUCGGUUCAGCAUGGCCGUCUAUGCCCUGACUGGCUUCUCCCUGGCCAGCCUGCUGAGCUUCGGCUACUUAUCCUGGGACUGGAUGAAGCCCGGUCUGGUGACCGAGGUUUCGGGGGACCCGGCUGGGAAGCCUCGCCUCCCGCCUGCCUUCUCCAGGCCUCCUCACAUCAUUUUCAUUCUGACGGACGACCAGGGCUAUCACGAUGUGGGCUACCACGGCUCGGACAUCCAGACUCCGACGCUGGACAGGUUGGCUGCCGAAGGGGUUAAGCUGGAGAAUUACUACAUCCAGCCCAUCUGCACGCCCUCCAGGAGCCAGCUUAUCACGGGAAGGUACCAGAUCCAUACAGGUCUUCAGCACUCAAUCAUUCGUCCCCGACAGCCAAAUUGUUUGCCUCUGAACCAGGUCACUCUCCCACAGAAGCUGCAAAAAGCCGGCUACUCUACUCACAUGGUUGGCAAAUGGCACUUAGGCUUUUAUCGAAAAGAAUGCCUGCCAACCCGCAGGGGCUUUGAUACCUUCCUGGGCUCUCUGACAGGAAACGUGGAUUAUUAUACAUACGAUAACUGUGACGGGCCGGGAAUAUGUGGGUAUGACCUUCAUGAUGGGGAAAAUGUAGCCUGGGAACAAAGUGGCAAGUAUUCCACGUUCCUUUAUACCCAGCGAGUCAGAAAAAUUUUGGCAACCCACAACCCCAAGGAGCCCCUCUUCAUCUACAUAGCAUUCCAGGCGGUGCACACCCCUUUGCAGUCCCCAAAGGAAUACAUCUAUCGCUAUCGCUCCAUGGGAAACGUUGCCCGCCGCAAAUAUGCUGCCAUGGUCACAUGCAUGGAUGAAGCUGUGAAGAAUAUCACCUGGGCACUGAAGAAAUACGGUUACUAUGAGAACAGUGUUAUUGUCUUCUCUACAGAUAAUGGAGGGCAGACAUUCUCUGGGGGAAGCAACUGGCCAUUGCGAGGCCGCAAAGGAACAUAUUGGGAGGGAGGAGUGCGUGGCAUUGGAUUUGUCCACAGUCCACUGAUUAAACGCAAGCGAAGGACCAGCAGGGCGCUCAUUCACAUAACUGACUGGUACCCAACCUUAGUGACUUUGGCUGGAGGCAAUGUGUCUGAAGCAGAUGGCUUGGAUGGCUAUAAUGUGUGGCCAGCUAUCAGUGAAGGCAAAGAGUCACCACGGAGUGAAAUCCUGCACAACAUCGAUCCUCUGUACAAUCAUGCCAAAUAUGGCUCUUUAGAGAAUGGGUUUGGCAUCUGGAACACAGCAGUACAGGCCUCUUUAAGGGUGGGAGACUGGAAACUUCUUACCGGAGACCCUGGCUACAGUGACUGGAUCCCGCCACAGACUCUGACCACCUUCCCGGGGAGUUGGUGGAACUUAGAGCGCCUGACAGAUGGGAUGCAUCAGUCUGUCUGGCUUUUCAAUAUCACAGCCGAUCCGUACGAGCGCUAUGAUCUGUCAGACCAGCGUCCCGAAGUAGUCAGGGCUCUGCUUCUUAGGCUAGUCAAUUACAACCAAACAGCCAUCCCUGUCAGAUAUCCUGCGGAAAACCCACGCGCUCACCCUGACUUCAAGGGUGGUGCCUGGGGACCUUGGGCCACAGAAGAGGAUGAAAGGUGGGAAGGAAGGCAUGGAAAAACAAAAAACAAAAAACGGAAAAAGAAGUGCAAGAUCUGUAAGCUACGCUCCUUUUUCAAAAAGUUGAACACCAGACUUAUGUCAAACCGCAUCUGAGAUGGGGCAGGCUGGGUUCUUACCAAAAGUCAGGUUGGAACAGGGCUGUUCCAAAAAAUGGAAGUUGGGGGGGGGGGGAAGAUCAGUAGAGUAUUCCUCUUUCUGUUCAACUUGGAGUGAAGCGAGAUGGACUAUCAGCUCUUCCUCCCCUAUUGUGAGGUAGGGAUAACCAAGUCUGCCAAUCCAUCCCACUUCAUCUUUUCCCCAAUUUCAGCACCAACAUUGCUGAUUCUGAAUAUGGGCAGACUUUGCAACCUCUAUUUGACAUAGUCCCUUCCUUUUAAAUGUUAUGACAUGAGAUGGUACUUAAUGUUCAAUUAAUCAUUCUAAAAGGUUGCAGAAAAGAUACCCAAAGUGUGCCAUUCAGGAACUAGUGGAAAGAAUAUACAUUCUCAGUCUUUAACCAAAGAUGAAAUUGUUCUUUACCCAGGGAAAGAAUUGCUUAAGGAUGAAAUUGUUCUCUAUUUGCUAUUGACUCAUGGAAUGCUGACCAUAAAUAAUCUUAUAUAAUAUUUUUGCUCUGAGAAAGUGACUGUGGAUUCUUUUCUCCCUGGAGAUUGUAGUUGCCUCCUUCUGAUCACUUUAGUGCCUGUGGGUGUGGAUACGGAAGACCUGGGACAAUUAUUUUUAUCAGAGUUAAAAUGCAGAUCUGGCGUGGUGCAAUUUCCCCUCCCCCCUGAAUAUGUAUAAAGCCAAACAUCUUGUAAACGUGGGCAGGGGCAUCAGUAAACACUGUGAGUGUUGCUUGAGCUAAGAGCAUAGUCUUAUAUAUGCAAAAGGAGUUGAUAAGAGUUGAAUUUUUACAUUUGAUUGACAGAUCGGUUUACUUCCAUUGUACGACUGCUCUUAUAUAGUUUUUUUUACUAUGCAGAUUUUCUUUUCUGCAAUUAUGAGUGUACUGCAGAGGAGCUGUCGUUCAUCUAUAGAUCUGUUCAGAAUACAGAAGAAUACUUGCAAGUUGCUUCCAUACGUCAAUUUGUAUGUAAAACAAACUAUGCACAUAUUCAUGAUUAGAUUACAAAUCUUACUGUUUGGGGAGCAGAUGCUUGAAUUUCUUCAUAAUGGCAGAAUUGAUUUUUACAAAUGUGAUGAUUACUAGCUGAAUUUUUUUUAAAGAAAAAUGAGGACCCAGAUUGUUGGGGGCAAUAUGCUGACUCUGUAAACCGCUUAGAGGGGGCUAUAAAGCACUGUGAAGUGGUACAUAGGUCUAAGUGCUAGUGUUAGUGCUAUCCCUAAUAUGGUCCUUCAGGUCUUCCACUUCAUUUUCUUCUCUUUCUUACCACCUUUCCCAGCAUCAAAGCCUUUUCAGAGAACUAAGUCUUCACAUAAUGUGUCCAAAGUAGGACAUUUUCAGCCUGGUCCUUUGAACUCCAAGUGAGAACUUUGGAUUGAUUUGUUCACUAAUCCAUUUGUUUGUUUUCUUGGCUGCCUGCAGUAUUCUCUGGAGUCUUCUCCAACACCAAACUUUAAAAAUGUCAAUACUCUUCCUAUCCUGCUUCUUCAAAGUACAACUGUUGCUUUCAUAGAUUGUGACAGGGAGUUGCAUAGAUUAUUCUGAUCUUCGUAGGUGUAGAUACAUCAGAGCAUCCGAAUACCUUUUCCAAGUUAUUGUGGUUCUGGUUCCCAGGUUCUGCCAAGUGCUAUUGGAGAACAUAUUGUAUUUCUUAACAGCUUGCUCCUUUAGCUAAAAGGCAGAAGCUAUCUACCAUCUUGAUAUUUUGGUUAAUCAUGAUUGUAAAACUAAAUCUUCAUAUUCAAACCAUAAAAUGAAGUGUUGAAGAUAAAGAAGAAUGGUCUAGGAAUCUCCAGUGGCAUCUGGCUGGCACCUGAGGGACACAGAGACUGGAUGAAGGUGAUUGUUGGUCUGUCUAGCAGAAACUUUUUUGCCAUCUUAUAUUUUAGUCAUGUUGACACUUGCUGUGUUCUAAAAAAAAAAAAAGAAUUUAGUAAUCUGGAAAAAUUAGGAUAUUUGGCUCUGAGGCAAGUCUGAAAAAAUAAAGUUUGGCCUCCUUAAAAGAUUCAUUUGAAUGAAUCAACUCCUUAAAGUAAUUGUACCUUUUUUUUAGGCCCAUGCAG